GUCCCUUUGUUCCCGUCGCAUUUUCAAGCAGAAACAACAUUUUGACGCUCUUGGUUGGCUAAGAAACCACAAACCGAAGAAAGAUCGUUGAGUGGCAGAUUGGAAACACGACCGCCAACCGAGCGUAACACUCUGUGAAAUAUAACAGCCAUCACAGUGUUGUUGCUUUGAAACUCCAAGAAACUGACAUCAUCUUGAGCUGCAGUUCGACCGGCAGUGUAGUGUGGUGGGCAUUCCAACCUCGAACGCGCGGACAUCUUGGAUUCAAGGUUUAUUUGCCAACAGCCAAAUCUUUGCCGCGCUAUGGAAGGAAAUGUGAUGAAUUCGGUGCAAGUUCCCAUGUUAUCGGGUCAGCAAGCUGCACUGGAGCAAAUGAAACCUCCAGAAGAAGGACCGGACGGUCGUAAGCAGGACAUCGGUGACAUUUUACAGCAAAUUAUGAAUAUCACUGAUCAGUCCCUGGACGAAGCUCAAGCGAGGAAACAUGCUCUGAACUGCCACCGCAUGAAGCCCGCCCUUUUCAACGUCCUCUGCGAGAUCAAGGAAAAAACAGUUCUCAGUAUCCGUGGAUCUCAAGAAGAUGAACCACCUGAUCCUCAGCUGAUGAGGCUAGAUAACAUGCUCCUUGCAGAAGGUGUGGCAGGUCCUGAGAAAGGAGGAGGGUCUGCAGCGGCAGCAGCAGCUGCAGCUGGGGUUCACGAGAAUCAGGCAGAACAUACGGAAUACAGGGCCAAGUUGAACCAAAUAAGACAGAUAUAUCACACAGAACUUGAAAAAUAUGAACAGGCUUGUAACGAAUUUACGACCCAUGUUAUGAAUUUGCUGAGAGAACAGUCAAGAACACGCCCAAUCUCUCCCAAGGAAAUUGAAAGAAUGGUCAAUAUCAUUCACCGCAAAUUCAGCGCAAUUCAGAUGCAGCUGAAGCAGAGUACUUGUGAAGCUGUUAUGAUUUUGAGGUCAAGGUUCCUGGAUGCAAGGAGAAAACGAAGAAACUUCAGCAAGCAGGCCACAGAAAUCUUGAAUGAGUACUUCUACUCACACCUGAGUAACCCUUACCCCAGUGAGGAGGCCAAGGAAGAAUUGGCAAGAAAGUGUGGCAUCAGUGUUGCACAGAUAUCAAACUGGUUUGGCAAUAAGAGAAUCAGAUACAAGAAAAACAUUGGAAAAGCUCAGGAAGAGGCAAACAUGUAUGCUGCUAAAGCUGCCUCAGGAGGUGGGCCAGCUGGGCAAGUUCAAGGACAGCAAGGAGUACCAUCCUCUGGUCAAGGACAAUACCCAGCUGGUGCAGUGGCAGGAAGUCCAACAGGGGUGGCCCCAUCAUCACAACACCAGAUGCCAAUCACAAGUCAGCCACAGGCCGACAUGUAUGGUGUGCAAAUGAAUGGGAGUGGUAUGGGUGCAGAGUACCAAACAGGAACUAAUGUGGGUGCUAAUGUCCAGUCACAGCAGUAUGAAGCACCCCGUGUCAACAAAAACCUAGUAAAUGGCCCAGCUAAUCAUUGGCAUGGAUCUCACAGAAGCUCAGUGGUACCAGGUUUGCGUCAUGUUAUUUCCCAGGCUGCUACAGGUUAUAUUGAUCCAGCAACUGGACAUAUGCAACCUCAUGGACAGGGACAGGUGUAUCAUGAGCCACAUCACCUUCACCACCAAGCAAGAGGAUUUAAUGAACUCUUUGACUCCAUAAAUGUCUGGGCUGGAAAAUCUGGAUCUGGGAAGAGUGGAGAACAAAGAAAGAGAGGUCAAAAUGGCAAAUCAGGAAGUCGCAGUAAUACCCCCUCAGACACCUUACCAGGCUCCCAAGAGGACAAAGAUGAACAGGGAGGCCCAGAGUUCUCCAGUCUCCAAGGGCUGAGUGACAUGGCCAAUGCUGACUUUGACUCACGAGGGAAUGACAGGUCUAGGGAUGAGCCGCCAUCAAAACGAACAAAGAUGUGAAAAGUGGCAAGGAGAAGAAGGGAAUUAGGAUGACGGGCUGAGGGUUUUCCUCAAUUGAACUGAAGAGAGGAAACUAGUGAAUAUUAUGGAGAUUUCAGGUUGUUUUAAAAAUGUGUGAUUUAGGAAAGUGUUGUGAUAGCUGAAAUGAACUGAAAGAGGUGAAUGUGUCUCACAUCAGAUAUGCCACUGAAUUUGUGGUUCAAAACUCUCAAUUCAAUGUGAGUCAAAGGAAAGUUUUGCUAAUUAAUUUUACAACGUUUGCCAUAAUUACUUUAGCUAAGCUACCACAUUCCCUUGCUUUACUGGUCUGUGGCAAAAAAAUUGGGGUCGACAAAUGAUUGGUAAUAUUCUAGCAAGCUGUAGUCUGUUGUACCAGUGAGAGUGAGGGCCCACUGGUUAAUGUCCUCUGUUCUAAAUAACUCAUGAUCAGAUGCUUAGUUUCUACUUUUAGAUUAUAAGCAGCUGAUUGAUCUAUUGCUGUAUGGAAGGCCAAAAUGUGUUGAGGAAUAUUAUUGACGGUGAUGUAUUUAUACCAUGCCACAGAAGAUAGAGCCAAUCACAAUACAGGAAACCCAUUGUAUACUUGUAACCUUCCCAUCAUACACUGAAGUGAUGGUGUUGGCCACUGGACUAUCUAUGGCAUGGUAUAACAUAGUUAUGCUGUGCUUUUGAGUGAUACACCAUGGAAUACCCCACUUGCCACUUGCAUUGUCUUGGUAUACACACUCGCCUAAAGGCUUGUGUGUAUACCGAGGAAAAUUGCACGUGACUUGUGGAGUAUUCCAUGGUAUUCCACUUGGAAGUGUUGCUUAACUAGUAUUAGGUAGUUACUGCUGGCAUGUUAAACUUACAAAUAUAGAGGGCUGAUGGUUUAUCAUGUCAGUCCCUGGCUAGAAAUGGUAAGGGCCUUCAAUCAAUUGAUAUUAGGUGCCUGCUUAGUUAUUGACAUUGCAAGUGUAUCUUUAGCUCAAGAAUACCUAGUAAGGGGGGCUGGGGUAAAAAUGUCUUCUAGUUACCCUCCCUUUGGCCUCUUGCAUGGAAGAGGCUCGUCAGACAAUCUUUCCUCUCCAACAAAAGGGAAAGAGUACGUGACAAACCAUUGGAACGUCUGCAUAGGAGGCUACCCUUCGUUUUCUUUGGCUGAAUACUCGACUCGGCAGUGCCUCGUUGACUAUUCACUCAUGGAAAACGUGGGCUCUUAUAGAUGAUUGUAGAUUAAAUUACUUGACAGUAAGGUGUUUUCUGUACACUUACUGACAUUUAUUGCAAAGAAUUAUAUCUUUAGUGAUGUUUUUUCAUCAAGACGACCCGGGAAAAUAGUUUGUAAAUGGUCACUGUGACAAGGAUAUGCAAACAGGCUGUACAUCUCACAUAUUAAGAGAAACUGAUUAUUGAAUUUCGUUCAUAAGAAGGCUGCAUAAGUAUGUACAAAAUCUCCUUAAUUCCAAUGACUAGACAAAUGUAAUCGGAACCUCUGCCGAGGAUCUAAAACUGGCAAAAUUCCUUUUCCAGGUGCCUUUUUGUAAUUUAGUAUUCUUUAAACUUUUUUUUUCUAUUUUUUUUGCCAUUUGUAACUAAGCAGCACCCGAGUUCUUUCAAGAACUAGGAACACAGAUCCGUUCAAGAACGAAGUUCUUAACAGGCGCAUUCCAGUGGACGGUGGUUCAAAUAGUUUUGUUUUUGUUUUAGAACGUUUUGAAACUCAGUUCUCUGGCUGUUUUUUUUUUUUUUUAAGUCUAACGUAGAAGCCAGUUGUAUCAUUUCACAGGGGCUAAUUCAAGAAUACGGUUACUUUGUAUAUGUGGAAUUUAACCCUUCUACCCCAGCAGGAAAAGAUUUGAAGCACCUGAUGAUACUGUUCAAUGGAAUUCAUAUGAAUGGUCGCAGCUUACGGUUUCUUGCAAAAACGUGAAAGUACUCCACGGUUUCUUACCACAGACUUGAAAGGGGUUAAAAGUGAUGGGGUCAAAUCCAUGGUACUUUUGGGUGACGAGGAUCCAUUGUUUGUAGAGAGCACGAUAAGAAAAAUUUAACUAGGGCUAAAUUGUAGUCGACAGACGACUUUGGUUGGGUACGAGUGCUUGGUGAACGACUUUCAUUUUUUCCCGUGUACACCCCUGUUGUUUUAAUUCACAUAGCCCGCCUAACAUUCACAAAAUAGGUAUACAAUAAUUAUAGAAAUACAUAUUUUAUUAAGGACAAAGUAACAAGUUUUUGGCUUCAAGACGUAAGAAACAUUGAAGUGUAAUUUUACAUUAUUUUGUUAGUAUGUCCAUACAAGCUGACCAAUAGAAAUUUUUAGGUAAAUAUAUUAUAAUUUUAUGAUGUCAUUUAGAGGUUGUGUUUGGUAACCCGCCAUGUUGAAGAUUAGUUGGUGAUUAAACUUCACUUGUGAAGUCUGAAAAACA